UACUGAUUGUCAGUCAGAUUAGUAAUGGAAAGUUGCGUGAAAUUUUGGUAGCCAUAUUGAUAAGAAUCGGAGAACUGAAGCAAUUUCAAAAUGGCGUUAAAGAAGCCUCCUUAUCGGAUUUGGAUAGCCAUGAUGGUACUAUGGACCACAGCCUUGAAUUACUGUUUUCGAACAUUUUUUCCAGUGACACUAAUCGCAAUGUUGGACAGAAAUAAAACAGUGAAAUUGGAUAAUGGCACUGAAGUAUCUGAAGUACCGCCAGAUUACGGCCCCAGGUAUUCUUGGACACCGUUUGAAGAAGGACAACUGAUUGGGGCUUACUUUUACGGUUAUACCCUGAGUUCCCUUCCUGCUGGCCCUAUGGCAGAGUAUUUCGGGCCUUAUUGGACGGUUAUUGUCAGUUCAAUAAUCUGCGCUGUUAUAACUUUGUGCUCUGUGUGGGCUGUCAUGGAUAGCUGGGUACCACUCUUCACUUGCAGGCUUCUUGUCGGCUUGUCAGGAGGGGUUCAGUAUCCUUCUCUCCAGUGCCUAAUGGGGGCGUGGGCACCACCAAACGAAAAGGGAAAGUUCACCGCUUGUCUCAUGGGAAACGUUCUGGGUUCUGUCAUCACCCAGGCCAUCGUCGGUUAUCUAGUUUCCACCCUAGGUUGGAGCUGGGGUUUUUACUUCACAGGUAUUGUCACUCUGCUGUUCUUACUGGGGUGGGUUCUUCUGGUUUCUGACUACCCGGAGCAAAACUGGUUUUGCAGCGCUGAAGAGGCCGCUUUUAUCCACGAGACCCACGCAGGCUCGGUGAGGAUAGGGAAGUCAAAACCACCUAUCCUGAAAAUGCUGACCUCUGUACCGUUCAUAAGUCUGGUAAUAAGUCAAUUUGGAAGCCUUUGGGGCUUGUAUCUCCUACUGACGGUGGUGCCGAAAUUCAUGGCUGACGUGCUGAAGUUCAACUUGAAAAAUGUCGGUUUUUUGUCUUCAACACCGAGCAUUUCAAGAUUGAUCUCUGGCUUCGUUUAUGGUGCGAUUGCCGACGUCCUCAUCAAAAGGGAGAUCGUGAAGAAAGUUGUGGUGAGGAAAGGAUUCAUCACGCUUUCUCAUUUUCUACCAGGAGUGGUCAUGUUUCUAUAUUUGGCUAUAGGGGAAAAUGUACCUUUAGCAGUUGCUUUGUUGAUAAUCGUAAUGGCUUUUAACGGAGCCUCUGUGGUAACAACGAUAGUAAAUGCACAAGAUCUGGCCCCUAAUUACGCUGGCACCCAAUUUGGUAUCAUGAACUUCUUCGGUAGCAUGCCUGGUUUCAUUGUUCCUGCCAUGGUUGGAGAAAUAACUAAGUAUAAGAGUGAGCUUCCUGAAUGGGCAAUAAUUUUCAGCAUCACUGGUGUGAUCUAUAUUUCCACUGGACUGGUAUUCGUAUUUUUCGGAUCUGUUAAGUUACAGCCCUGGAAUGAAAAGAAAGAAACAGCACCAGCUGCAACGACAAGCUGAUUUGGGAAAGAUACUGUAGCUCUG